AUGGCAAUACCAAUCAUACGUUCUGUUACUAAGUUCACUCAGUUGGCUGUCAAGAGUUGUCAAAUAGAAUUCUCUGCCGGUGGUCCCAAAUUGUUCCUCGAGUAUAAAGCUUUUUCGCGCUUGAAAAAUGAUCCAAAAUGGAUACAUCUAAGCCAAAAUCAAGAAAAAAAGCAAGAAAAAUUCGCAGGCGCCUUGGUGCCCGGCAAUAUAAAAAUUAUUCAAACGAAAUGCUUGAAAUAG